GAGGUUCGCCAACACGACCAACAUGUGCUGGCGUUCAUCCUGUCUGACCAACUGACGACGAUGAGCUUUGAUUAUGCAGGUAGACCUGCCGCACAGUGCAGCGACGGUGGAUGUGGUCUUGGAUUUCAGACAGAGCCCCUUGCUGAGUCGAGUUUUGCUGUGGCUGCACACGUGCCCGCAUCCACAUCUGGAGGACUUUCGUGGCGAGGACGGCGAGACGACUCGUCUUAUGACUGCACAACGUCGCACGUGCUGAAUCGGUUCCUCGAGUUCCCCAUCGCCAUCGAUCCGAAUUCGGGAGUCGGGACCAGCUCUAUACAUGUUUCGAGUUUUGACAGCCCUGUCGGACCAUUUUUCUGAUUCUGUCUCCCGAGUCGCGCUGCGGGAAUUUUUCGAGAAUUUGAUGGGCUGACGGGAGCAGGGGCGAGUGGGCAGCCAAUAGACGAAGGUGUUUAAGAAUGUUCUAUUUCGAGUGUGUUUACAGGCUUACGGGCUUUCAGUUUUUUUUUUCUGUGCAAGCGUAGCGGUUGGGUGCCUCUAGUGCUGGGGACUUCGCGUGGAAAGCCCGGGACCGAUGUUUCCCACCUCAAAGGCAUGUUCACUCAAGGGGCAGCCACAUACGAGGAUGAGCUCAGUUUGUCUGGUGGUGUCGAUCCUUUUGUUCUGCGCGGUGGAGCUGACGCAGAUAUCAAAAGGAAACGCCGCGUUAGUUGCAGACGAGAUAAGCGCCCUCGAGGUUUUGCGCGACGCUUUCAAUCUGGCAAACUGGACUGGUGAUCCUUGCGAUACUGUCGACUGGAUAAGUUGUACUGGAGCCAAGACAAACGUGGAGGGGAUAAAUCUGAGAGAUAGACGUUUGACUGGAAGUAUACCGGCGGAGUUUUCAACUCUGGUGCAAAUUCGUGAACUAGACCUGUCAUUAAAUCCCCAACUCGAAGGAGACUUACCGGACUUAACUGCGUUCAUCAUUCUUAAUUUCAAUGCAAGCUUCUGUAAUUUGACUGGCACCAUUCCAGAUCUAAGGAGGUCGACUAAUCUUGAGAUUCUGCAUCUGCAAAGCAACAACUUUGUCAACGUAUUACCUCAGGCUUUGUUUCAACAUUCGUACCUCACUGAUGUAAAUCUGAGCAGCAACCCUCAACUCACUGGGACAAUUCCAUCAACUACUCAAGCCACUGAGCUGAAAAAUUUUGUAUUAAACGAUUGUGCUUUCACUGGGGCCGUGCCUGCCUUCAGCGCAAAUGCAAAACUAGAACACAUAGCUUUGCAGAACAACCGGUUGACAUCUUUUCCAUUUGAUUUGCAAGCAGUGACUGCACUAAAUACGAUUAAUGUCGAUAACAAUGCUAUCUCCGGAUCAUUACCAAAUGUUCCAGUUGGUUCUAGUCAGAGCUCGGCUGGAAAUCAAGUCGAAAGGCUAAUUUUCAGCAACAACUUUUUCUCCGGAGGAAUUCCGAGUUCUUGGACUCAACUUACCUAUGUGCAAGAGAUCCGCAUCAACAACAACAAUCUCUCAGGACCACUUCCGGAUGACUUAAGCGGCCUUCGGGAUUUGGAGACUUUAGACCUCAGGAAUAAUCGGUUCAAUGGCACCGUACCUCGCACGCUUGCUGAACUUUCAAACUUGAAGAAUCUGUGGCUGGAUAAUAACAAUUUUACUGGUAUACCCCAAGUUCUACAGAACAAGGCAGGCUUGAAUAUUUCAUACGGGAACAACCCCAAUAUACUGACCAUAUUGGAUCCAAACGCAAAAUCUGGUUUUCCUGUUGGAGCAAUUGUUGGAGUGGUGGUUGCAGUCCUGGGAAUCGGAGUAGGAAUUGCAGUUCUUACCAUUCUAUACAGGAGAAGAAAGAAGAAAGGUGGUGAUGAUCAGGUUUCGAAAGAGGACAUGCCCAGUUCAGCCCAGAGUUUUUCGUUGAAGGAAAUCAAAGCAAUUACUCAGAACUACAAAACUCUGAUUGGAAAAGGAGGGUUCGGGCCAGUUUACUACGGAAAACUACCAGAUGGCAAGGAGGUAGCAGUGAAAGUCAGAGCCAGUGAUUCCAAACAGGGAGCAGAUGAGUUUUUGAACGAGGUCCGACUUCUUUCAAGAUUGCACCACCGCAACCUUGUAUCUUUGGUGGGUUACUGUCUAGAAGCACAGCAACAGAUCCUCCUCUACGUCUACAUGCCGCAGGGCACUCUGCAAGAUCAUCUAUUUCGUUCAGGUUCCACAUCUACAUCUAAUCCUUCGACCAGUACAUCAGAUAAUAGCAUCGUCUCCUCGUCACGCGAAACGAUGAGCUGGAAAAAGCGAUUGGAUGUUGCUAUAAGUGCGGGAAGAGGGCUCGAGUACUUGCACAAAGACUGCAAGCCCCCCGUUAUACAUCGGGAUGUAAAAAGUGCCAACAUCUUGCUGACAGACAAAUUACAAGCAAAAGUCGCAGAUUUGGGAAUCUCGAAACAAGCACCCGAGCUAGAUUCAGAAGAGGCGCAAGUCAAUACUGGAGUAUCCACAGUCAUCAAAGGCACCUUCGGUUAUUUGGAUCCUGAGUACUAUGUUCGACGAAGGUUGACGACAAAGAGUGAUGUGUACAGUUUUGGAAUGGUUCUUUUAGAAAUUAUCACUGGCAGAAAACCUCAAAGCCAUAGGUUUCCAAAAAGCAGUGCAACAACGUUGACAGAGUGGGUAAGAAAUGCAGUGAACGCCGACCAGAUCGAGACCAUUGUGGAUCCUGCGUUAAGAAAUCAAUACGUACGGGAGGGUAUGAUAAAAGUUGCCGAAUUGGCUUUGAUGUGUCAACUUCCUCGUGGCGCACAAAGGCCAGAGAUGGGGGAAGUAGUGCGGGCUUUAACCCAAGCCAUACAAAUGGAAGGAGUUUAUGUUGACUCCUCUGCACGUACAAACGAUUAUGAUUAUUUUGCUGGGGACGAGGAAGACCCAAAUGUCGAAGACCCAGUAUCUGGUCAUGUAAGUAUACCACUCAGCACAGCAAGUGUAGGUACUUCACGUAGUACAGAAUCGGAUCCCAUCUGUCCUCCAGCUUUGAGCACAAUAGCAAGAUAGUUGAUUGCGAAUAGGCAAUUCACUUCUCCGCCCCGCCGCUAUUCUAGAGAACGCGCAGCUUUACAGCUCUCGGGACUUCUCCAAGGGUGUGUAAUUGGCGAUAUUUGUAAUUUAGAAAGCUAAUUUGACAAAUUCUUCCUAUUGCUUGCACACGAUGUGCGAUUUUGGAG